UCACUCACUCUCCAAUCUUUUCACUCUUCCCUUUCCCUUCCCUUUCCUUCCUUUUCAAUUCUCUCCCUUAAGAAACUCGUUUCUUUACAUUGAAUAUGGCCCUUGAAGCCCUGAAUUCUCCUACCACGGCAGCCCCUUUCGCCGAUAAAUAUAAAGAUAUGGACUCAUGGAAGAAAGGGAAGCGCUCCAAAAGGUCUCGUUCUGAUAUUUCUUCUGCAGCCUCUGAAGAAGAGUACCUUGCCUUCUGUCUCAUCAUGUUAGCUCGCGGUGGCUCUACUAAACAGGAUGAUGAUGUUUCAUCAUCGUCCCAGCCGCCGGCUCUGCCUCCACCGCCGGCUUUGAAGCUUUCUUACAAGUGUAGCGUGUGUAACAAGGCUUUUCCUUCUUACCAGGCCUUGGGUGGGCACAAGGCCAGCCACCGUAAGCCGGUGUCUGAUUCGGCCGCCGAUGGCACCGCCGCCGCUGCCUCCGCUGAUAAUUCUACGAUUACUUCGGCUGGUGGUAAGACACAUGAGUGCUCUAUCUGCCACAGGACUUUCCCAACAGGUCAGGCUCUGGGAGGGCACAAGCGCUGCCACUACGAAGGUGGGACCACCAACAGCAAGGACAACAAUAACAACAAUCAUCGGAACACCAGUUCUAUCAGUGCCAGCGUCAGCGGUGUGACGUUGUCAGAAGGCGGUGGCGGCGCCGGCGCCGCUGCUGCUGCUGUUGCCCAUAGCCAGACGGGCCAAACCCACCGUGACUUUGACUUUGAUCUGAAUAAACCGGCCUCACCGGACUUCUGCGAUGAAAACAAAGAUGGAAUACUCAGUCAAAUUUACGCCGAACAGGAGGUGGAGAGCCCCUUGCCGACGAAGAAACCCCGCUUCUUGAUUUCCAAGGAAGAGCAGAUCAUGGGUUCUUCAUUAACGAUUGUUUAAUUAAAUCCCCAACAAAUAAAAAAAAAAAAAAAAAAAAAAAGUCAGGUGUUCUUAGGGAUUUACAGUUUGGUUGAUGAAUAUUGUUCUGUACAAAGAAUUAAUUAUUAUUCAUUGUAUGUGAACGCCGGUUCCUUAGUAUUGUGGUCAACUGUGCCGGCAAUUCAUUGAUUCAUUUAUCCUAAUAUUUUACAUUGACAGUUUCCGUGUAUUUAUUGAAUUUUC